CUAGCGCGCGCCGCUGACGUCAGCCAAUGGAAGCUCCGAACGACGCGCGGCAUUUUAGAGCCCUGGCGGGCGGCGAAGACGUGGCCAUGGCGGGCCGGCGCGGGGCGCUCAUCGUGCUGGAAGGCGUGGACCGCGCCGGGAAGAGCACGCAGAGCCGCAAGCUGGUGGCCGCGCUCUGCGCCGCCGGCCAUCCCGCCGAGCUGCUACGCUUCCCGGAAAGAUCAACUGAAAUUGGCAAACUUCUGAGUUCUUAUUUGGAAAAGAAGAGUGAGGUGGAGGAUCACUCAGUGCACCUACUUUUCUCUGCAAACCGCUGGGAACAAGUGCCAUUGAUUAAGGAAAGGUUGAGCCAGGGCAUCACCCUCAUCGUGGACAGAUACGCGUUUUCUGGUGUUGCCUUUACCAAUGCCAAGGAGAACUUUUCUUUGCAUUGGUGCAAGCAGCCAGACGUGGGCCUUCCCAAACCAGACCUGGUCGUGUUUCUUCAGCUGAGGUUGGCAGAGGCUGUGGAGCGGGGCGGGUUCGGCCAAGAACGCUAUGAGGAUGGGGCCUUCCAGGAGCGGGUACUGCAAUGCUACUACCAGCUCAUGGAGGACAGGACCCUAAACUGGAAGGUGGUUGAUGCUUCCAAAAGCAUUGAAGACGUCCACAAGGAAAUCUGCACGCUCUCUGAGGAUAUCAUCCAGGCUGCAGCGCACAGGCCGCUGGGGAAGCUGUGGACAUAAAUGUGGAGGGACUGUCCCCUUCCCUGGGUCCUGCGAGGCAGGAGCCUUAUGAAAGGCUUGAUGUGCAGUGUUCACAUUGCACAACAUGGGGGCUGUGCACAAGUCAACAACAAGCAGAGCUACGACGAGCCUCUCGAGAGGCCUGGGCACAGGGACUUCGUGGUCUGUCACUCAGCCUUCCUCUGCCCUCUCACCCUGAGGAUGUUGAUAAAUCAUUGCGCUUUUUAUUGAAA